AUGCCAGCACAGAAAAACCAAAACGAACCAUCAACCUCAGAGUACUUCCUGCUGAAAAACAUGAAAAGUGAAGAAAGCGAAACGCCCACGCCUAUAUACGUCCCAGAAAAUGCUCCGUACCAAAACAAGCCGUACUGCGAGACAACUGUAAGCAUUGAGCCUGUGGAGAAGCGCGGGUGCUGCUACAGAACGUGCAGUAUGCUGGGAUUUAUAGCCUCCAAAGUGGGAAUUUUUAUAGCGGCACUUUUUGUUGUUCUUGUAGUUGCAGUUGCAUCUCUGCUUCUAGCGCACUAUUUGGCCCUGUAUACCAUGGACUUUAACAUCCUCGAAAAUUUCUUCGCUUGGAUUGAGAAAACAUUCCCAAGCCUACAGGGAAAACUUAUCCACUUAGUGAAAGAGCCAAAACCUUAA